UCCGCCUCAAAAAAAAAAAAAAAAGAAAAAAAACAUUUACUAGAUACUAAGUAUGGGUGAAAGGAUCAGUAAGAAACUAUCUGCCAGCCUUGGCGGAUAGGGAAAGAAAGACAGGGCACCCUGAACUGCAAAAAUUGAUUAUAACAAGAAUGAAAAGCACAGAGGAAUUGGGCAUGAACUCUAGAGCAAGGAUUUCUAAAGUGAAAAUGCCUUUAUUUAUGACCCAAGCUAGGGAAUUCAUAGUUAGAGGGUCAGCAUGUAUAUAGGUAACACACGGCAAGUUUUAUUAUGGGACUGACCAAGUUUUUCAAACCCAGGGCUCUUAAUUAUAAUUCAAGCUUACUACCAAUUUUUUUUUGCUCUACUACACACACACACACACACACACACAUCCCUACCAUUAUACAAAAUGAGAUAUUGUUCCUAAACUUCAAUUAAGUUACUGUAUACCUUCCCCUCACCCACAUCCACCCCAUACUUCCAUUUAUGGCUCCCAGUUUCAUUUAGAAAACAGCACUCUCACAUAAACUGGUAGGGUGGUGGGAAGGAGAGGGAAAAUAAGUAGAAGUGGUGGGAAAGGGAAGAUUUCAGAGAACUGGCAAUGGCCUGAGUGAACAUGAUAACAGCUGAACCUUUAGGCUCAGGAGUGCCACCAUUUUUGAGGAACUUGGUGGAGAAGGAAUUCAUAGAAAGAUAAAUAAUGAAAAUUAGAAUAAGCAAGAGUGGUGACCAUCUUUUCUAAGAAAUCUCCAUGGAAAUUAAGUAUUAUUUUUCUUCUUCUGUUCAAUUUCUUAAAAAUGUAAUACUGUAAUCCCUCAGUUCUGCAUACACCAUCAACAUAUUAACAGCUUCUCUGAGGAGUGAGGGAGGCCUACUAUGAGAACAUAAAUAAGUAAACAUUAAUUUUUAAGAUAUAUAUUAUUUCAGAAAGGUUAAGUUGGGAGGAGGGGUGUGGUGAGGCAGGUGAGGGUUAGGUAGGGGAGUGGAAGUGAGAGUACAACUCAAAAUUCAGCAAAUCUAGUACCUGGACUACCUCUUCUGGCCCUGCUGAGAGUUGGCUGCCUCCACAGAUGGGUGGCUUUGGGUGGGCUGGUGAGUUGAUGACCACAAAAGGUCCAUGAAGCUUCCAUUCACCUAAUGACUGUCCCAGAAGAAACUGAUGGAUAGAACCUCUGUAGUAAAUGAAAAUUAAGCUAUCACUGUUACUUAUGGAAAAAGCUUCAAAAAUUCACUUAGAAUAGAGACUUUAUGGAGAUCUUAGCUAUUACAACAAAACAUGACAGUGCAUCAACAUUCAAUCAGAAUACAGCUCAAUGUCAUAGGGCUAUUCCACCUCCCAAUCAAGGUUCUCUCUUGAGAAACAGAAACAAACCCACUUAGAUUAGGAGUUAAAAUCAUUAUGUACAGAGUACAGAAGAAAUAUAAUAAAAACUUAGUAAAUGAAAACAACUUCCGUUCAGAGAACUGUGUCCCCUUUCAGCAUAUAAAACCAUACUACCCACCCUGUCCAAGACAGACCCCUAGUGAUGGACUUUGGUCAGUAGCACAAACAUACACAAACAAAUCCAGGAAUGUUGAAAGUGUAUUUACAGAAGCACUAAAACUUUUUUCUUUAUGGGAUUCUGCAAUGGGAAUAUUGUUGUUUGUGAACCAUACACAUCGAAAUACACGAACAACUUUUUACUCCAAUUUACACCCGUGACCACCUGUGUCAUUCUCUGGGGUUUUGCACUGUUUACAAAAGGAUUUUAAUUCCUAAGUAAAAUGGGUUUGUUGCUAUUUCCCAAGCGAGAACCUUGAUUGGGAGGUGGAAUAGCAUUAUGACAUUAAGUUGCAUUCUGAUUUAAUGUUGAUGCACUUUACGGUACACUGUCAUGUUUCACUGUACUAUCUAAGAUCUCUACAAAGUCUCUCUUUUAAGUGCAUUUUUGAGGCUCUUUCUAUAAGUAAAAAUGAAAGUUUAAGAAGUUUAGCUCUUAAAACCAUGACACUACUGUCUGCAUUUACCUCUCUUAAAGGCAUUAGACCAAAUCAGAACAUUAAAACACCCCGUCUUCUUAUAUGGAGUCACAAACAGAGUCGAUUGACUGCUUCUAUAGAGAUGUCAUUUGAGCUUUGCUAAGUAGUACUUGCAUUAACCAUGAAAAGCUCAGGAAAACUGGAAUAAUGAGGAAAGAAAUCAGAGCAAGACCAUAAAAGCCCAGCUCAUUUCAAGGAAAAAGCAGUAACCAUCCCUCCCCACUACAUUUUAAAUAUCACAAUGAAUUUAAGUAACAAAAUAAACAAUUCACUGAGAGCACACUUUAUGUACAACUUUAAUUUCUUCCUACUGUGUUCAUUACCAAGCUGUUUUCUUUCUUUAGGGAGGAUGAGGGGGAAACUUUUAAAAGACUCAUUUAACACAGAAGUCAAUUUCCACUAAUGUAUUCUUCAUGUGGCAUAUGUAGUCUUCCAAAGCAGAUCUAUAUAUACAAAUACACAUGUAUCAGUAUCUUCUUUUAUAAGGACAACAGCAAUUAGGCCACCCCAAACACAUUAUUGCUAUUCAUAUCCUGUAGGGAAAAAACAUGAAUAUGAGAACCACCUCACUUAAAAUAAAUGCAAACCGAGUAGUAUUUCUGAUAGAACUGUUUUGUAAAAAACACCUCUAAUUGUGAAAAGAAUAAUGCAACUAUUGUAUAACCCAGCUUUCACCUUCUAGAAAGUUAGGCAGGGAGUCUUUUUCAUGCAUUCAUCCCUGAGGAAGCAGAAAUAAAGUGCUUUGCAUCAACUGUUGCUAUCAAGUUAUGUAAGACAGAAAGAGUUGGUAUGACACUGUGGUCUUUGUGACUUUGGGUGUGUGAAGGUACCAGUGGCUUUCAGAGAAUCACCAAGGGUUCCCCAGGUCAAGAUCCCACAGCCACCUAUGUACGUGUUCAGUGGAGGGGAGGAAAGUAAGAAUUUGCACUACUGUGUAGGAGGCCAAAGUAGAAAAGAGAGGGAGAUGAAAACAGAGGCAACCUGACCGCCUAGAAAAUAUUCAUCACAGAUUUCAAAGAAGGCUUUUCUCCCUGAGCUCUUCAGAUCAUGCCUUAGGUAGGGGGAUAGGGGGUUUUAAUUGGCAGAAACACAUGCCUAGUUUGUUAGAAAUCGGGAAUAUAAAAGACACUACUUAAAAUUCCUCAAAUUUCAUUUUGUACAUAAAAUGUAGCCAGUGGAAGCAGGAGAGGAGACAUCUGCAGUACCACACAUGCCUGCACACGCACUCUUAGAUUCAAAGCAAGUUGCUACAACUAGCCAGAGAAAAUAACAGACAUGUGUGCUUAGGCAAAAUAUAGGUAAGAAACAAAGAUAUUAAAGGGAAUACACACACACACACACACACACACACACAUAGAGAGAGAGUGUGAGUGAGUUCUAGUUUUAAUCAACGCAACCCACAAAAUAAUUUUCUCUACCAUUGAAGAGUUUUCUAAUAACUAGCCCUUCAUUAAAUCUCCUCAGAUGGAAUGCCAAUGUUUAGUUAUUACAGAAUUAGACUGAGCCAGAAUCUGGUACCAGACGGUACUUAUCACAGAUGUAGAGAUCUGAAAAAUAGCAGAUAUACAUUAUAAGCCCUUUCAGAAUUCUGGUCCCAAAGGUGCCCAUAAAAUAGAUAUUUCUGGCUUAGCUACAUGAUUUUUACACAUGACCUAGGUACUUGAUCUGACUGUUCAAGUUCGGUUGGUACCUUAGUCAUUUACAGGGCACUUUUGCCUGCCUGAUCCCAUCAGAUUCUUGUGAUGGUCCAGUGAGGUAUGUGGAAGUAUUAUUGUCCCUGCUUAAUAGAUGAGGAAACCGAAAUUCAUACAAGUAAAUAAGUCAGAGGUAAUGAAGAUAGAACCAGUAACCAAACUGCCUCUUAAGUCUAAUGCACUUUGAGGAAUUAUAGAUAUGUUGUGUCUUACAAUAUACAGAAUGUUGCUUUUAUGGUUUACUAAUGACAGUAUUCUGGCAAUGGCUUUUUUUUUUUUUUGGCAAUGUCCUUUAGUCUGCCUUCUAGGUCUCUAAAACAGCACAGCUAUGUCUCACUAAUCUUUCUCAUCAAUUCAUUUCCUGGGUUAAGUUCCUCCUUCCAGAACAUCUCCCUGUAGACACGGAUCAGAGAAACAUGAACCGGGUUUCUCUGUUCCCAAGGGAAGAUGUCCACCAUCCAAAGAGAGAGAAAAUAGCGAAUAUUUGGUAACCCACCUGCUAGCAGCACCGUUGUUCUUUAUUAGCAAACACAUUGCCCUCAAUAAGGGGCACCUGGCUUGCUUUUUCUUAACCAUCAAUCUGCCUUCAGAGCUGGAGCUCGUAAGAGGCACAGCCUCCCAUUCUGUUACAAAAAUUCUACGGUCUCCUCAGCUACUUUCUCCUUAUCAUUUCUCAUUAAAGUGAUUUCUUAUACAGAAAUGAAAUGGCAUAUUGUAUUAAAUAAUUAUAAAAUAUUUUAAAAUUUCAAUCAUGAGUAUUUGAGAGGAAGCUGAAACCAGUUCUGAUGACGACAGGUGGAAGGUAGUAAUUGAGUUAGCAUCAAUGCAUUCACUUCAAACCACUUGUAGAAAUGAAGUGUUAUUUAGUUGCAUGGAGCUGCAAUCUCCAAAUACACACAUUUGUUCUCAGAUGACAGCAGUUCUUCAAAUUAACAGUGAAAAUAUUAAGCCAACGGAAGACAUUUUGGUUGUUUUGACAGGUUGACUUGGUUAUGCCAUCUCAUUAAACCAAGCCAAAUAAGGGAAGAAAAGACAGAUGAGGCCAAAGCCCAGGAGUGAGGUCACGAGCUAAAUGUGACUGCAUAGCAACAAAAGUUUGACUGAGAAAGAUGUGUCCCCAGGGUAGAAGUCCCUUUGCCUAAAUGAGUCCUUCAGGUCAAGAAAGGAAAUUUGUUGACUACAUUCUCUUAGCUUGCUCCCAUAGGCAGGAGACUAAUAGCACUUUAAAGUCUGUUGUGAAGGAUAUAAUGAUUAACUGAUCAUUUAAAUCCUAGAAAGGUCACAUUAGCAGCCCCUAUCAGUGCUUCGGAGCCAAAGCAGCAGGGUGUGAAACUUGAAAUCCACUACGAGCUCAGAAAAUGAUUAAACUGAGAAGUGAUCCAUGGCUGCUUAUAAAUGAAGCCCAAGAUUCCUAGCAUUAUCAAUAACAGCGUAGGCACAAGAUCAUUGUGGGUGACAAAAAAAAACAAAAAACAAAAAACAAACAAAAAAAAACAAAACAGGGUAGCUGGAUUAUCCUAUUUUUUUAAUAAGCAAAGAAAAGCAGUUGGGCUAACGGAAAUAUUAGUUAUUAGCUCUAUAUUUGGUAAAUGAAUGAUACUUUUAAGAGUUUAAGAGGCUGUCUGAUCAUAAAUAUUUCAAAAAGCACACUAUUAAUUCAAACCAAUCAAUAAUACAGCAUAACCCUCCGGCUAAGUUACUAGUGAGAAGAAAUUUAUUUAUCAGUUUUAUUCCCACCAAAUCUAUAUCCAAAGGUUUGGGAUUGAUUAUAGCAAGAUGUAUUGUCUUAUUAUCAAAAUAGUAUUUAUUACUCACACAUUUCUAAAGCAAUAACCUGUUAUGACUUUUUAACUCAUUGAGUAGAAAGCUGAAUAUUUACUGACAUUUCUUGAAAACCUGCAACCCGCCUGCAGGAAAGAAUUUGACAUCAUCACACUGUGUUUUCCUUAACUUGACAGGAAGUCAACUUCAAGCAGAUUGACUUGAAGCAGGAUCUCAUUUGGGAAGCAAUGAGCAAUGCAAAGAACUGGCUUGGACUUGGCAUGUCCUUGUACUUCUGGGGACUGAUGGACCUUACGACCACCGUUCUCUCGGGUACCCCAACACCACAAGGUGAAUUAGAAGCACUCCUGUCAGACAAGCCACAGUCACAUCAGCGGUCCAAAAGGAGCUGGGUUUGGAACCAGUUUUUCGUUCUGGAAGAGUACACUGGGACUGACCCUUUGUAUGUCGGCAAGCUUCAUUCAGAUAUGGACAGGGGAGAUGGAUCCAUCAAAUACAUCCUCUCGGGAGAAGGUGCUGGCAUCGUAUUUACCAUCGACGACACCACAGGAGACAUCCAUGCCAUUCAGAGACUCGAUCGAGAGGAAAGAGCCCAGUAUACUUUAAGGGCUCAAGCCCUAGACAGGCGGACGGGCAGGCCCAUGGAGCCAGAGUCGGAGUUCAUCAUCAAAAUUCAAGACAUCAAUGACAACGAGCCCAAGUUCCUGGAUGGACCUUAUGUCGCCACUGUGCCAGAAAUGUCCCCAGUGGGUACCUCUGUCAUCCAAGUGACAGCCACGGAUGCAGAUGACCCGACCUACGGCAACAGCGCCCGGGUGGUGUACAGCAUUCUUCAGGGCCAGCCAUAUUUUUCUGUGGACUCUAAAACAGGUGUAAUUAGGACAGCGCUCAUGAACAUGGACAGAGAAGCCAAAGAAUACUACGAAGUGAUUAUCCAAGCCAAGGACAUGGGAGGGCAGCUUGGAGGAUUAGCUGGGACCACAACAGUCAACAUCACCCUCUCAGAUGUCAAUGACAACCCACCCCGCUUUCCCCAGAAACAUUACCAGAUGAGUGUGUUGGAAUCAGCUCCAAUUAGCUCCACUGUCGGGAGAGUGUUUGCCAAGGACUUGGAUGAAGGCAUAAAUGCAGAGAUGAAAUACACUAUUGUGGAUGGAGAUGGUGCAGAUGCCUUUGACAUUAGCACAGAUCCCAAUUUCCAAGUUGGUAUCAUAACUGUGAAGAAGCCCCUGAGUUUUGAAAGCAAGAAAAGCUACACCUUAAAGGUGGAGGGAGCCAAUCCUCACCUAGAGAUGCGUUUUCUGAACUUGGGCCCAUUUCAGGACACAACAACAGUGCACAUCAGUGUGGAAGACGUGGACGAGCCUCCCGUGUUUGAACCUGGCUUUUACUUUGUGGAGGUGCCUGAGGAUGUGGCGAUUGGAACAACCAUACAGAUCAUUUCUGCCAAGGACCCAGAUGUGACCAACAACUCAAUCAGAUACUCCAUUGAUAGAAGCAGUGACUCUGGAAGAUUUUUCUAUGUUGACAUUACAACAGGUGCCCUAAUGACAGCAAGACCCCUAGACCGGGAAGAAUUUUCUUGGCAUAAUAUCACUGUCCUUGCUAUGGAAAUGAACAAUCCCUCCCAGGUUGGAAGUGUUCCUGUCACAAUCAAAGUCUUAGAUGUGAAUGACAAUGCUCCGGAGUUCCCCAGAUUCUAUGAAGCUUUUGUUUGUGAGAACGCCAAGGCAGGACAGCUGAUCCAGACAGUGAGUGCAGUGGACCAAGAUGACCCACGCAAUGGUCAGCAUUUCUACUACAGCUUGGCUCCUGAGGCUGCUAACAACCCCAACUUUACCAUAAGGGACAACCAAGAUAACACAGCACGGAUUCUAACCAGGAGGUCUGGUUUCCGGCAGCAGGAGCAGAGUGUCUUUUACCUGCCUAUCCUGAUAGCAGACAGCGGGCAGCCCGUGCUGAGCAGCACAGGCACACUGACCAUCCAAGUGUGCAGCUGUGAUGACGACGGCCACGUCAUGUCCUGCAGCCCAGAGGCCUACAUGCUCCCAGUCAGUUUGAGCCGGGGUGCCCUCAUUGCCAUCCUGGCCUGCAUCUUCGUCCUCUUAGUGCUGGUGUUGCUCAUUUUGUCCAUGAGGCGCCACCGGAAACAACCAUACAUCAUCGACGACGAGGAAAAUAUCCACGAGAACAUCGUCCGCUAUGACGACGAGGGCGGCGGCGAGGAGGACACCGAGGCCUUCGACAUCGCGGCCAUGUGGAACCCCCGGGAGGCGCAGGCCGGGACCGCCCCCAAGACGCGGCAGGACAUGCUGCCCGAGAUCGAGAGCCUCUCCCGCUACGUGCCUCAGACGUGCGCAGUGAACAGCACCGUCCACAGCUACGUGCUGGCCAAGCUCUACGAGGCCGACAUGGACCUGUGGGCGCCGCCCUUCGACUCCCUUCAGACGUACAUGUUCGAGGGCGAAGGCUCUGUGGCGGGGUCGCUGAGCUCCCUGCAGUCGGCCACGUCGGACUCGGAACAGAACUUCGACUUCCUGACGGACUGGGGGCCCCGCUUCCGGAAGCUGGCCGAGCUCUACGGGGCGUCGGAGGGACCCGCGCCGCUGUGGUGACGGAAGCCAGGAGGCAGGCGCGCGUCCAAAUCCAGACGUUCUCCGCGGGUGCUUCGCGGACAAGGUGCAGCCGACCACACGAGCAAUACUGUGCUGGAGAGUGAGAAUGGGGGAGAGCGGGCGAACAGAGCUCUCUCUGGAUCAGCUUUACUUGGGUAGAUUAAGUUAAAUAAGCAAAAGGAAACCCAGGAAGUAGAGGGCAGAAUCUUCAAUUACCUUUUUUUCUUUUCUUUUUGAUUUUUCUGACACUGUGCGAAGGCCUGGAGUCCAACGUGUUAUGACAAGGGUGACUUUGCCAUUCGCUAAGGCGUUUGUCGCUUUUCCACCACAGAAAGGCUCUGGCCUUGGAUACAGAGAUGCCAUUUGAAAGCAGAAAGUUCUACUCUCAUAUCUGUUUUUUAUCUUAUUCUCCAUUUAAGAGUUUUGCUGGCUCAUCAAACCACAGAUACCAACCCACAAGAAAGAACAGAAAACUUGUUACUCAGUGAAAUUAACCUACUUGUUCUGGGAUGGAUGAAAUUUAUCGUAACCCUUUUGAGACAAGGUUAAAACUGAAUCAGCCUUGCAUGGGGGUGGAUGGGUGGGAGGGUGGGUGAAGGAAGAGACAUCGACUUUAUGCUCAAGUUUAGUGGCUGAACCAAGAGAUGUUGGCAUUACAGCUCAUCCAACGCCAUCAAGUUAGAGUGCUCGCGUCUCCUCUCAGCUCUUUAACUGUGCCCCUGCAAAAUUGUUCAGAAUGAAACCAGAAAAACCUGCCUCUUUUGCACUGUAGAUGUCUCUUCCAUGUGCCAAAUGUGGAGAUUAGAUGCUACAAAUGAAAGCCAAAUAAAAAGAAGUAUCUGAUAAAAGCAUGGGUUAGAGGGCUUUCCUAAUCUGUGUGAGGUCAAUCCAAGGGAUGUUUACAUACUGUAGAUAACCUACUUGAACAAAAAUCAGUAUUAUAGAGAAUAAAUGGAUGUAAGAAAAUUACAUGUACAAGUUUUGUAUAUUUGUUAAUAAUUUUGGUAAUAAAUAUGAUGUACUGCAUCUCAGUACCUUAGCACUUCUUUUAAUAAAAGCUAAAUAGAAGG